AUGAGCAAUUAUCCAGUCCCGCCGCCGUCGUACGGCAGUGCCGAAGGCUCGCCCAAGCGAGGCAACUUCACUGAGGCUGCUGAGCCGCUGCUCGGGGGGCAGCGAUUCGCUGCUGGGCCUAGCUCUGGCAAUGCAGUCUACGAACAGCCUGCAUUUGGGGAUAUCCCGGAUGACUUCAAGUAUGGGACGACUGUCUCGGAAUCGGCUAUGGAAGUGCGCCAGAUGUUCGUGCGCAAGGUGUACACCAUUCUCUUCUGCCAGAUCCUCGCAACGACCAUUGUUGGCGGUAUCAUCUCCCAAUCCCCCUCGGCUGUGCUCUGGGUCCAGCAGAACACCUGGGCCUUCUACGUUCCCUUAUUCGGCACCCUGAUCGUCCUAGGUCUCCUUUUCUGGAAACGGCACAGCCACCCGCUCAACAUCGUCCUCCUCUCCAUCUUCACCCUAAUGGAAGCCUUCACCCUCGGCGUGGUCACAGCCUUCUACGACAACCGCAUAGUCCUCCAAGCCCUCCUCAUCACCACCGGCGUCUUCCUCGGUCUCACGCUCUUCACGCUCCAGAGCAAGUACGACUUCUCUGGGCUCGGACCCUGGUUGUUCGGCGGGUUGAUCGCGCUGGUGAUGACGGGAUUCGUUGGGGUUUUCUUCCCGUUCGGGAAGACUAUGGAUCUGGUUUAUGCGGCGGGCGGGACGCUGCUGUUUAGUGGGUAUGUGGUCUAUGAUACGUACCUGAUCAACGCGCGCUUGUCGCCGGACGAGUACAUCAUGGGCGCCAUCUCGCUCUACCUCGACUUCAUCAACCUCUUCCUCAACAUUCUGCGUCUCCUCGCGAACUCGCAGGAUCGCUAG